AUGGGGGGUUGUGCUGUGGACUUCGAGGCUGGGUUGGAGAUGGAGCAGCUUAAUGCACAAUACAUCCAAGCCCAGAACACGCCUCUCUCAAAGGAUCUCCUGCAUCCCUCUCCAGAAGAGGAGAAGAGGAAACACAAGGAAAAGCGCCUGGUGCAGAGCCCCAAUUCCUACUUUAUGGAGGUGCAAUGCCCAGGAUGUUAUAAAAUUACCACGGUCUUUAGCCAUGCACAAACGGUAGCAGUGUGUGUUGGCUGCUCCACUGUGCUCUGUCAGCCUACAGGCGGAAAGACCAGGCUGACAGAGGGACGCUCCUUCAGGAGGAAGCAGCGCUGA